ACAACAGUGAGGACUCGGAUUUCGAACAGAAAUCAGCCGCCGAGACUUCCACGUCCGUGGGCAAAAGAAAGCACCGAAAUUUCGCCGUGAAGAAGAACGCCAAAGGUGAAUCCCAGCUCCACGUGGCGUGCAUCAACGGAAAAAUUCCCGUCGUUCGCCACCUGCUCGAGCAAGGCCAUCCGGUGAACGUGCGCGACAAUUCCGGUUGGCUGCCCUUGCACGAGGCCUGCAACCACGGCUUUACGGAAAUCGUAGGGAUGCUGCUCGAUAAAGGAGCAGCUAUUAACGACCGCGGAGGCACCCAGUGCGAAGGUAUAACACCAAUUUACGACGCUGCCAACAACGGCCACGUGGGGGUCGUGAAGCUUCUGCUAGACCGAGGGGCUUCCGCCAUCGUGAAGACCGACAACGGCGAUACUCCUUUGAACGUGCUGAAGACGUGGCACCGCAAGAACCCGUUCGCCGGCGAAGAUUUGGAGCUUUACAAUGGAGUUGUCAAGAGGAUGUCGGAAGCGAUGGAAAAAGUCGGAGAGAAGGUUGACGAGGUGGAUUUUAGUUUCGUGGAUUCUCCGGAACCGAUGGAUAUUCGUGCCGGUGAGGACCGUUCGGAUCAUGGUGAGAUGGAGGUGGAAGCAUUUGAUGCUGAUGAGCCACAUUUCAGUAGGCUUUUCGAAAACGAUGUAAGCAACCCACGCUUCGAUGUGAGUUCGUUCAGCAGAAUGCCGAAAAAUGUCAGGCAGCCCAAACAGAAGUUCGGGAAUACUUCCGGUAAAAAACCAGCUUUGAUACGACAAGAUCACACACUGGACGAUUGGCUUGAAGACGACAUCCAAGCCAGCAGGUUGGCGAAGAAGCGUAGAACGACUCUAACUGACUCUUCCAUAAGCUCCAGUUACUGGUCUCAGGAGCACAGGAAUAGCAAGUCUCCCAGAACUUCACCCCUGAAAAGAACCAGCAAUGAAUUCGUAUCUCUGGACGGUUUCGUGGACGACGACAACUCCGUAGAAGAAGUUCUCCAACCCUCCAGAAACGAAAGAUUGUCGCUCAGCGGCUCAAGGCAAAGCACCACCAAGAAAACCCUCAGGAGAUUCAACAGUGGUAGUUCGACUUCCUCCUCGCGAAUCACGCAGUACCUAAGAAGGACCCCGAGUUUCGAAGACAACUCUGGAGCACGGCACAGCACCGGGAACUUCGUCGAACCAGACUCAACGACGAGUCAAAGUUCGAGCCAAGGUUCUCAAACGGCACGUAGCUUCGAAGCCGCGCAUAUCAGCGCAGCGCCCCCUGCAGGGGACGUGAUGUUGUACGUCGACGUUAAGAUAGAGACCAAGGUUUUCAGGGUUCCCGUCUGGAUGUCUCAGAUCCAGACGAAGACGAUAGGCUGGCUGGCUGAGGAAGCUGCUCAGAAAUACGCGCGCAAAGAAUGUUCGAAGCCGAGUUUGGAGCUGGAGACUACGACUGGGGCUCUUUUGUCUGACGACGACCCCUUGACCUUGCUCUUUCCUUUCGGAGCCACGAAGGCGGAGCCGGUUGUUGGUAGGAUCAUUGAGAUGAGUUUGCCUUCGUUGAUAGAUAGGUAUAAAGAAGCUUGUACUCAUGCUAAAACAGCAACCAACGCCACAGUGGUCGAAGCCAUCGAGGAGAUGUCCAUCAGGCUCAGCCUGGAAAACAAAGCCUUGACAGGGGCUACACUCGCCCCUCUCUGCAUAGCCCUCAACCACCAAUCUAGUCUCCUGGAGUUGAACCUGUCCGCCAACUUCCUCGACUUGAGCUGCUUCACUAAACUUUGCUCGAGUCUUCCUACCCUCGUCAAUCUUACCAUCUUGAACCUGAGAUGCUCCGGACUCUCCUCCAGCCACUUGGGAGAAAUGGUGAAAGUCGUUUCGACUGCCUCCGCGCGCGUGUUGGAAAAACUCUCCGAUUUAGACCUCAGCGACAAUUAUCUGCGCGACAAGAGCUUUCGGUACUUGUCCGAACUCACUAAUAAACUCAAGCUCAGCAGGUUGAAUGUGAGCAACGUCGGGUUGACUAAAAUCGAUUCGUCACCUCUCGAGUUGAGAGGUCUUCGCAGCCUGGACGUCAGCGAUAAUCGACUGGAUGCCGCUGGAGUAGCUAAAGUCGUUUCCUGGACAAAUCCGGCGUUGAUGAGCGAUUUGAACGUUUCUAGGAAUGAGAGGAGCAACGAAAGCGUGCUGGCGAGUGUGAUAGACCAUAUGAAGGGAUCUGAAAGUAUUGCUUUGGAAGCGCUGAACGUUUCCAGGUGUAAUUUGCAGGAGAACGAACUGUACGGGUUGCUCAGGUUAUGCUCGGGCAAAUCUCUAAAAAAACUCAAUUUGUCCUACAACCAGAACCUAACGGGCAUUUCUCUGAGACGCUUACUGGAGUUUUCCGCUUUACGGGAGAUUAAUCUCAUAGGCUGCGAAAAUAUCUUUCAAUAUUUCGAUGGUUGUGAGGGCUGCGACUUGCUGCAAGGAAAUGGAGAUGAUACCGAGAAAGUUCUGAAGUUGUCUGCCAAUAUGUCUGUUCACUCCUCUCAGAUCGAUGUGCUCACAGAAGCGUUUAAGAAAAUGAAUUCGGAUCUGUCGAUAGAAACUGGUGACGUGGUUAUUUUCAAGAGUUCCAGGAAGGGCGGGGAAGCACUUCGAAAUUUUCUGUGACAUUCUCAAGGCACCAAGUGGAAAAUAUAUCGGUAUGUGAAAAAUAAUAAAUGAUAUAUUUCAUAAGGUGCGGGAAUAUCUUCCAGAAAUGUUUUGGACGGUGUGGGUCAUUCCACGGUGAUAAUUCAAGUAUUUUUCAUUAUCAGUGCAAUACGUUUUCAAUAAAUUUUUUAAUAUUUUUUUA